AUGGCUAAUCCCCCGGCACAGUACAGCACAACAAUCAUAGACUCGGUGGAAAGUCUCCUAGCUUUUGUUGAUUGUCUUGAUAGCCUUCCAACCCUCCCUCCCUCUAUCUAUAUUGAUUUGGAAGGGGUUAAUCUUGGUCGGCAUGGCUCCAUAUCAAUCAUAUCGGUCUUCCUCCGUCCAAAAAAUGAAAUAUACCUGAUCGAUAUGUUUCGGCUCGGGGACAUUGCAUUUUCCACUCCAAAUAUUGAAGGCACUACCCUUAGAGCCAUUCUCCAAUCUCCAGCACACCCUAAGGUUUUUUUCGAUGUCCGUAAUGAUUCAGAUGCCUUGUUCAGCCAUUAUGGUAUUUCCCUUGACGGAGUCUGUGAUCUUCAACUUAUGGAGCUUGCAACAAGGAAAGGGUCAAAAGAUUUCGUUGCUGGACUAUCCAGGUGCAUUGAAAGACACAGCACUGCUUCCGAGGCAACAAAAGUGAAAUGGCGGUCUGUGAAACAAGCCGUUAUCCGCCUUUAUGAUCCCAAGCAAGGUGGCCAGUAUGAGAUAUUUAACGAACGUCCUAUGAAACCCGAAAUCAUAGAGUAUUGUGCAAAUGAUGUUGCUCUUUUGCCAGGGCUAUAUGACGUCUAUGCCCCAAAGCUUCACAUGCCAGGGCAAGAAUUCUGGCAAGAUCGCGUGAUCCUAGAAACAAGAGAACGCAUCAACCUCUCACAACAGCCAGGUUAUGACGGGCACGCAGAGUCGAAAGUACGCGGGCCUUGGAGCAGUGACGAUAGUGAAUAA